AUGGAAUUCCGGGGAGAGGAGGACGGGGACGGCAGCGACGUGGGCGACGGCGCCCCGCCCGCGGCACCUCACCGCAGCGCCACCGCAAACGGGCCGGCAGACAACAUGCAAGCGGAGGCGAGGCGGCAGUACCACGAGUGCCUCCGUAACCACGCGGCGGCCGCGGGCGGGCACGUCCUGGACGGAUGCUGCGAGUUCAUGCCGGCCUCUCCCGAAGACCCACUCGCAUGCGCGGCCUGCGGCUGCCACCGCAGCUUCCACCGCCGCGACCCCUCGCCGAGGCGCGCCCACUUGCCGCUGCUGGCUGCCAGCGCGCGCGCACCAUUGCUGCUCCCGCCGGCGGCGAGCAAGCACCCGCACCAGCGCUUGCCGUUCCCCUACGGCCUCGCGGCCAGCGGCGGCACCGGCACGACGACCGAGUCCUCCAGCGAGGAGCGGCGUGGGGCGUCGCCGGCGCCGCGGAAGCGUUCCAGGACGACGUUCACGCGGGAGCAGAAGGAGCAGAUGCUGGCGUUCGCGGAGCGCGUCGGGUGGAGGCUGCAGCGGCAGGACGAGGCGAUGGUGGGGCAUUUCUGCGCGCAGGCCGGGGUCCGGAGGCAGGCGCUCAAGGUCUGGAUGCACAACAACAAGCAGAGUAGCAGCGGUAGGAGGCAGCAGCAGGAGAAGCAGCAGCUUCAGGAGCAUAGACAAGAGCAGCAGCAGCAGUAG